AUGAACAUUUAUAUUGACUCGUAUUUAAACCUAGUUGACCGAAUCAUUGAGGAAGAAAUGCAACCCAUUGACAACGAGAUUAUCGAAACAACAGUUUAUCACUGGGACAUCACUAAUUGGAGUCAGUUAGAAGAGCGUGCGUUGAGUCCUGUUAUCAAAGCGGCUGGAUAUCAGUGGAACAUACUUCUAUUCCCCAGAGGAAAUCAUCAGAUGAAUUUCAUUUCUGCAUACUUAGACCUGAAAGAUGUAAAAGAUCCCCAAAAAGCCGAAGAAUACGUUUGCGCGCAAUUCAUUAUUGCGAUUUCUCGCCCUUCAGAUCCUACUGUACAUAUGAUCAGUACAGCCAAUCAUCGAUUUACAGUUGAUGAAUCGGAUUGGGGUUUCACACGCUUCUUACCUAUUCAACAAUUAAUGAACGAGUAUCUUGAAGAUGAUGCAAUCAGAGUGACAGCAAUCAUACGUGCUGUUAAAGAUGAAACAGGCAUUCUUUGGCAUAAUUUCCAAAAUUACGAUUCCAAGAAAGUGACAGGAUAUGUUGGAUUACAAAAUCAAGGUGCUACCUGUUAUAUGAACUCUUUAUUUCAAUCUCUCUAUUUCACCAAUUCAUUCAGAAAAGCCGUUUAUCAAAUACCAACCGAAAAUGAUGAACCGACUAAGAGUAUCGCAUUAGCCCUUCAAAGAGUGUUUUACAAUCUACAGUUUUCAAGUCAAGCGGUUGGCACAACAGAGUUAACAAAAUCUUUUGGCUGGGAUUCACUCGAAGCCUUCAGACAGCAUGAUGUACAAGAAUUUAACCGUGUUUUACAAGAUAAUUUAGAGAUCAAAAUGAAAAAUACACCCGCUGAUGGUGCUAUCAAAAGACUAUUCGUUGGCAAGAUGAAGAGUUAUAUUAAAUGUAUUAAUGUCGAUUAUGAAUCAUCAAGAUCUGAGGAUUAUUACGACAUCCAAUUAAACGUGAAAGGCUGCAAAAACUUGGAGGAAUCCUUCAAAGACUAUGUUACAGAAGAAACAUUAGAAGGUGUGAAUAAAUAUAUGGCUGAAGGUCAUGGUUUACAAGAUGCUAAAAAAGGUGUUAUUUUUGAGAGCUUUCCUCCUGUAUUGCAUCUACAAUUGAAAAGAUUCGAGUAUGACAUGUAUAAAGAUAUGAUGGUUAAGAUCAAUGAUCGCCACGAAUUUCCUACAGAAAUUGAUCUGGAACCUUAUCUCAGUGAGGAUGCAGACAAAUCACAAGGACAUAAAUAUCAUCUACAUGGUGUUCUUGUUCACAGUGGCGACUUAAGUGGUGGUCACUAUUUUGCAUUUGUUAAACCUGAAAUAGAUGGAAAAUGGUUUAAAUUUGAUGAUGACCGCGUCAUUCCAGCCACAUUAAAAGAAGUGCUGGAGGAGAAUUAUGGUGGAGAGCAACAAGGAUUAGCCGGUAUUAGACCUAAUAACAAUCGACUUAUGCACCGUUUCACCAAUGCUUAUAUGUUGGUGUACAUUCGUGAAAGUAUGAUUAAUGAAAUAUUAGCGCCGGUCACCAAAGCAGACAUACCGACACAUCUAGCUGAACGUCUUGAAGAAGAGGCUCGACUUCGUGAAUUGAGACGUAGAGAAAAGGAAGAGCAGCAUCUUUAUUUGAAAACCUUCAUUGUUACUGAUGAAACAUUUUUGGCCAACACUGGAUUUGAUUUUGCUAAUUUUGCGGACAAAGACACGGGCGAGAAGCACAUCGUUGUGUCCAAGGUUCGAAAAGACCAACCUUUUGCUGAUUUUGUAACAGAUGCUGCCGAAAACUUGAAAGUAGCACCAUCAGAUUUUAGGUUUUGGUUAAUGGUAAAUCGACAAAAUAGAACUGUUCGUAUUGAUGUGCCUAUUCCAGUCGGAUAUUACAACUCAACUAUGGAUGAGAUCCGAGCAAAAUAUGCCACGAGUCAGCUUAAUCUAAGGUUAUAUUUAGAAAGGGCUUCAAUGUUUGAUGAGAAUAAUCAUGCUAUAUUCCCCGCUGCGCCUCCAAGUUCUUCAGUUAUAUUAGUCUUCAUUAAAUUAUACAACCCUGAAUUACAGAAAAUACAGGGCAUCGGAAAAAUGUAUUGUGAAAAGGAAGCAAAGGUUGCUAAAUAUAUCAGCGGCUUCAAACAAUUAGCACAGUUCCCAGAUAGUGAAGAGAUUUUAGUUUAUGAAGAAAUCAAAAAUACGAUGAUUGAGUCGGUUAAUAUUGACUGGACUUUCAACAGAAAUGAGCUUCAAGACGGAGAUAUUCUUUGCAUACAGAAGACGCUGUCUCUAGAAGAAAGAGAGGCAAUUGUUCAGCAAGGUGGGAAACCCACGGUUGAUCAAUACUUACAGUACGAAGCUGGCAGAAUUUCCGUGUCAUUUGCGCCCCUUGUAUCAGCGCAGCCACAACCUGUCGUAGCAGCAGGAGAUGACGAUAUAAAGAACAACAGCCAGCAGGAUUCCCCGGAAUUCCGAUUAUCUUUACAUAGAGAUAUGACUUAUGAAGAAAUGAUUAAAGCUGUUGCUAAAGAGUUAGAUGCCGACGCUAGUAAACUACGCUUAGUAAGCCCUUAUGCACAACAGCAAUACGGUCGGUAUGCAUAUAAACGCUAUGCAGGUCAAAAAUUAAGCAAAAUCAUUCAACAGAAUUUCCCUUCGAAUGGUGGUAUACCCAAUCGACCUAAAUUUUUGUAUGAAAAAUUAGAAAUGACACUGGCCGAAAUGGAGGCUAAAUGUCCUGUUACUGUUACAAUUUGUUUUCCAACAAUGAAAGAUGCGAACGUUGUUGAACUCUUAAUGCCUAAAGAUAGUAAUCUAAACGAUUUGAAAGAAGCUCUGGUAGCUAAAGGUGCUCAAUUCGGUAGCACAGAAGAGAAUGUGGAUUUAAAUCACAUUAGAAUCUGGGACGCAGUGGAUGGAAGGUUUGGAACUGAAUAUGACGACAGAUUGUGGCAACCCUGUAUCAACGCGCGCCCAUUUAUGAACGUCUAUGCCGAAAGAAUUCCUGAUGAAGAAUUCAAUUUAGUAGAUCAGCAAUACGCUUAUAUGCCUGUUUUCCAUUUCCAUCGUAUACCAAGUCAUACUCACUCCGUCCCAUUCAAAUUCUUUGUUAUUCCAAGUGAACCUAUAGGUGAAACUAAAAAACGCCUGCAAGCACGAACUGGAUUGGAUGAUAACGAAUGGAGUAAAGUAAAAUUACAUAUUGUUAAUGAAGACGAUAACAGUACUACUUUAGUGAACGACGAUGACAGUACAGAAUUUUACACACUUACUCAUUAUAGCUCUGACAUGAUUGGUUUGGAUCAUGUUGAUAAAACAUCUAAAAUCGAUAAAACAGGUGCUAUUUUUAUAAGAGGCUAA